UGGUGUGCCACUCUGCCAGCCAGUGGCCGGCUUCUUGGGACAGACAGCCUCGGCGGCGUUGAUCAAGUCUCACAGAUACAUGGUAACCGUACCAGUCGGAAGGACAAUUCGGGGUGCAAUCGACACAGCGGUAUCAUCGGCACUUAACAUCACGUCGCUUCUCUCGGUUGUCAUGGCCAGUGUAACUGACUACCUGCCUACCUACCUACGCAAUACCUUACACUGUCUUCCGGCCGACGGAAUACCACAAGGACCAGGACUGACAGCGAUGGACCUUGAUAGACGUCGUGUCCAGCCACGCGAGAACCGCCAAUGGCCGCCGUUUGGCCCAGCCCGUGACAGUCGUUUUUUUAGCUCCCGCAUCCGCACAGAUGUGUGUGUGUCGUGGACUUAUGCCCCGUUCCUAUUCUGUCUCGCCUUUCUCAGCUUCCUUAUUUUACGACUCUUGCUCAUAGCUUAUUCAGACGACGAGCCGAACCUAAGGAUGUUGUUUGCUCUUGCUUUCAUGCGCCUGACUCGUACGCUGCGAAUGCGACGGGGCGUGGCCCUUGGUGUGCUCGAGCCUCCUUGGAUGUCAACCUCAACUCGGACUGAUGCCCAGCAAAAGAGUCUGGAGGCACACUCAGGCACUACAGAAGAAUGAACUGCUUGGACCAAGGUUUUUCAGGGUCCCACAAAGCCCACGUUUUCGAACUCUUUACCAUCUGCGAUGCACUGCGAUGCAGGAAGAAGCCCCGAGUGCCAUAAU